AUGAUCCUUCUGCCUACUGUUUCUGAAAAGCUGAAGCCUCACUUGGUUUUGCUGUGCAUAUACUUUCUAGUCAUAAUCUCCGCCGAAGAUCAACGUUCAGACAAACUCACUUUUGCACACACUGCUAGUUUAGGUUGCCAAACUUUUCUCACUGCACGUCACAUAUAUCUGUACAAAUGUUUCUCUGACCUCACCGAUGUUCACUCAGUUUCUAGUUUUGAUCACCAGUCUUACCUCACAGCGACACCAAAAUAUCCCAUCUCUGGAUCAAAGAUUUACUCAAGAUGUUUGUCUAACAAGUCAACUCCACCAGAGAUGACGAAAGGCAAGAAAAAGUCAACCUUGCCAGUAACUGUCUCGCAAAUGAUCUUGGAGGCACAGAGAUCUAGCUACGCUGGAAUGCCAAAAAAAGAAGUGACGAUUUCACUAGGACCUCCGCCAGCACCAAACCGCCCCUCAAAUAGCAACCCGGACAAUCUUCGGCUACAUCCGUUAUGGAAUCAUGUGAACAGUUUAAACAACAAUCUACAUAUCUUCCUUUCCCAUGAAUACGAGAUAUCCAAGACAAAAAUCCACAAAGAUCAAAUUUACCGUAUUCUUUUACACUUCAACCCCAAAACCUUGCAUCGAGUCACCCACCUUAGAGAUAAAUUAGUGAAUGCAUUUGAAACGGAGCUGCUCCCACAUCUGCGUCCUUUCAUUAGUCCCCCUCCGCCAACUCCCAUAGAAACCGAUCUUGGUGACUUUGAUCCCUUGACCGCCCCUCAACGUGUCUUGAAAGAAGCCAUUCAACGCAAGAAACCCGGCCUCACUAUCCCUGCCGGUGUUAACAGCCACAGUUUGCACCUACUUUACAAGGCGUACAUUGAUCCAGAUUUAGUUGUGCCAGAAGCAAAGGAGUUUGCUCACCGGCCCCGGCACUUGGACAUCGGUGGCAUCAAGUCAAAAACUAUUGAACAAUUACGUUUUAGUUUGCAAUGCCACGCUCCUCAAGUUUUCAUACAUUUAACUCCCUUCAAUCGUACCGUUUGUGUUGAUCUUUACAUAAAAUUUGUAAUUGAAGAAGAUGUGGAGCCGGGUAGACUUAUUCCAGGGUUUCACUACACCAUCAUACCUUCGAAAUGA